GGAGAAGUUUUCUCACGCCAAUAUGCCAUGGAUAAUGCACGCGGGAACGGAACAAAGACACGCGGCGUGCGGGGCCUCGCUCCUCUGGUCUUCCCUCCAGCCCUCGACGGUGGUCAUGGCCGCCGCCGCCGCCACUUUCGGCUUCCUCCAUCCUCCAAUCCGGAAACCUGCAGUCCCACCACUGUACAUUCUCCGGCUUCCCACCAAACCCCACUCCAAAACGCACCCUCGUUCUCCCCCCCUCCUCUUCCUCCUCCUGGGCCGCCGCCGGGGAGGCCCCAUCGCCGCCUUCCCCAACACCACAUCUUCAUCCACGAAUGCCCCUGCCUCGCCCACCUACGACGUCCGGGAGGCAGAGGCCGCCGUCGCGGAUCUCCUCCGCGAGGGCGGCGCCUCCGCGGACGACGCCGCCUCCAUCGCCGCGCGCGCGCCGGCCUACGCCGCUAUGCUCGCCGAUGGCGUCCGCGAGCUGGACGAGCUUGGCCUCUGGGCGUCGUGGAGCUCCGGUGCCAGGGCCCGGCUGGGCCUCAGCGGGGUCGUCGAGAUGGAGAUGGGGAGGCUCGGUUUUAGGAGGAAGGUGUAUCUCAUGGGACGGAGCAAGCCUGACCACGGCGUGGUGCCGCUCCUCGAGAGCUUGGGAAUGCGUCUCUCCUCGGCCAAACUCAUCGCGCCUUACGUCGCGGCUGCGGGCCUUACUGUGCUGAUUGAUAGGGUUAAGUUUUUGAAGGAAAUGUUAUUUUCAAGCAGUGAUUAUGCAAUACUAAUUGGAAGGAAUGCUAAGCGGAUGAUGACAUACUUAUCAAUACCUGCAGAUGAUGCACUCCAAAGUACUUUAUCUUUUUUUGAAAAAAUGGAGGCUAGGUAUGGUGGUGUUAGCAUGUUGGGACAUGGAGAUGUGUCAUUUCCUUACCUCAUUGAAUCAUUUCCGAUGCUUCUUCUCUGCUCAGAAGAUAAUCAUCUCAAGCCGUUAGUUGAUUUUCUCGAGCACAUUGGAAUUCCAAAGCCAAAGAUUGCAUCAGUUCUGCUGCUAUUUCCUCCUAUCAUUCUUUCUGAUGUUGAAAAUGAUAUUAAGCCUAGGAUUCGUGAAUGGGAGAAGGCUGGCAUUGAACAAGACUAUGUUAGUAGGAUGUUGUUGAAGUAUCCAUGGAUUCUUUCAACGAGUGUGAUAGAGAACUACAGUCAAAUGCUGUUGUUUUUCAACCAAAAAAGGAUUUCCAGUACAGUCCUCGCUAUUGCUGUGAAAAGUUGGCCUCAUAUUCUUGGCUCCUCUUCAAAAAGAAUGAAUUCAGUUUUGGAGCUGUUUCAUGUUCUGGGCAUCAGUAAAAAAAUGGUGGUUCCAGUCAUUACAUCAAGUCCACAGUUAUUACUGAGAAAACCUGAUCAGUUUAUGCAGAAUGUUUUGUUUUUCAGAGAAAUGGGUGUUGAUAAGAAAACAACAGGAAAAAUUCUGUGUCGUUCGCCUGAAAUAUUUGCUUCAAACGUGGAUAACACCCUCAAGAAGAAAAUCGAUUUUCUUACCAACUUUGGUGUUUCUAAACAUCAUCUUCCUCGCAUCAUUCGGAAGUAUCCAGAACUUUUAUUGUUGGACAUAAAUUGUACAUUGCUCCCUAGGAUGAACUACUUAUUGGAGAUGGGUUUGUCUAAGAAAGAUCUGUGCUCAAUGAUCUUUAGAUUUUCCCCACUUCUAGGUUACAGUAUUGAACUUGUUAUGAAACCAAAGCUUGAGUUUCUGCUAAGAACCAUGAAGAAGCCACUUAAAGCAGUUGUAGAAUACCCAAGGUACUUCAGUUAUUCACUCGAGGGGAAGAUCAAACCGCGGUUCUGGGUAUUGCAGAGUAGAAACAUAGACUGCACUCUGACAGAGAUGUUAGCAAAGAACGAUGAACUCUUUGCUGAAGAGUACUUGGGACUUGGAGGAUUGCUCGAGAAACCUCUACAAUCAAGCAUAGGCAGUUAAUUUCUGGACUUAUAAGAUUGAACCAUGCAGUGCACUAUGCCGAAGCUGUACAGCUUUAUGCUUGGAUUGGUGAGGCUGUUUUUCAGAUGGGAGGUCACUUUUUUUUGAAAACGGAGGUGAGUUGUGUUUCUUUGUAUUCAAAUGCCGCAGCUCUGAUAACCACUCUUUUCUGGACCAAUAAAUGGCUGCUUGGUUCCUCUAUAGGAGAUGUGUCGCUGGCUGUUCUUGCUAUGGUACCCGCAAAAAUAAUUAAAACAAGGACUGUGGCUGACGCACUCUCAAACAACAGUUGGGUUUCAGAUAUUAAAGGAGGACUGUCCAUGAUUGGUCUGUUCGAAAUUUUCAGCUAUGGGACACCACACAUGGAGUUUCUUUAACCACUGACAAUGAUCGCCAUAUCUGGAGAUUCUCUGGUUGGGGUGAAUUCUCGUCGAAAUCGGCCUACAGAGUCUUCUUCCAUGGUUUGGUCUCCUUUGAUCCUUGGAAGCGUAUUUGGAAAACUUGGACUCCACCUAAUUGCAAGAUUUUCUUUUGGAUACCUGUCCGAAAUCGCUGUUGGACUGCGGACCGAUUGGCUCGGAGAGGACUGGCACACCUAGUCCAUUGAAUUCUUUGCGACCAGGAAGAGGAGAAUAUUAAUCACAAUUUGUUUUCCUAUGUUUUCUUGAGGGAAUUCUGGUUUAGAGUUUUCUCCUGGCUGGUGUAUGUUGACCGUGUGCCGGGGUCCCAGGAGCAAUCGCUUGCAGAUUGGUGGUGAAAGGCUUGCAAACAUCUCCCAAAAGAAAAAAAGGGAAGGGCAUGAAUUCGAUGAUUAUGUUGGGAGCUUGGAUCCUAUGGAAGCAUCGCAAUGCCUGCGUCUUCGAAGGUUUGCAGCUGAGUAUGUGGAAUGUUCUGCAUGCUCUCGAAGAUGAACAGCAUCUCUGGUGUCUCGCCGGAGUGCAAGGACUGCAGAGUUUAGGCCUGGGCUCCCUGAGCGGUUAGGUGGCAUUUCCUGGUCUGGUCUCACCAUUUCUAUUUGCUGUAAGAGUUUUGUUCUUGUAAGCACAGCCCCUCACGGCUCGGGCUCGGUCCGGAAUGAGGGGUAAAACUUGUACGGGAGGCCACUUUUCUGGUGCUUAGUAUUAAAAAGGUAAUACUUGUUCUCAUGAAAGUGACCUAACAAAAGUUAUAGGUACAAAUAUAGACUGGAGUGAUGUUGUUAACUCAAUACCAAAACAGCAAAGCAUUGGGUUUUGAGAAUACUUCAUUCAAGGUUUAAGAAGAAAUUGCAAAGAUGCGGUUUCAAACUAGGAAACGGAGUGAAGGAUGCCCCACACCUUUGAGUGGAUGCGCGCAGGAACCAAUGCAAGCUGUAGUAAGGCCUUGAAGUAUAAGGCAACCCAAGUCUGCCAUCAUCUCUUUCUCGUUGAACUGAAGCCUGUCCAUGCCUCCAUGGCCCAGUCCAGCAUCAUCGCCAAUCAGAGCUGAGGGCAGCCGCAGAGCCAGCGGUAGCUAGUCGGCUAGUCCAUUGACUGGCCGGUGCAGGGGUCACGGACUCACGGUUCUGCAUUUCAUAUUUUCGUUUAGGUGUCGUUUGGAUCCGUUUAUUUUGGAGGAAUUAGAAUCUAUUUAAUAGAGUAGGCUAUUUAGCUUGGAAUUUGACAUUCCACCACUUUACAAUGUUAAAAAAUAAGUUAUCUCAAAUUUAUAGAAUGGAAUUGACUUUAUGUAUCUUCAAACUACGUUUCUACUCUACAAUUUAUAACAUGUUUUUUUGGCUC